UCAGAUCGAAGAUGAACUUUUAACUGCAUCAAAGUUGGUGGAAUUUAUUUAUAUGGAAAAGGAAAGAAGAAACACCUACCGACAAAAUAGAAAAAGAAAAGAAAAAAGGAUCAGUGAACAAGUAUAUUGGAAGUAGAAAAGGAAGGCAGCUGCUGCAGUUCUGCGGAACUUUGUCCAUAUUUCAUGAACGCAUUCGAAUAGCGUUUAAAAUUGGGAUCGGUCUGAAAAUUUAUUAUUACUUGUAGCGAUUUCCAUGGGACAGAAAUGAAGACGCGCGAAGAUAAGAAGAAAAAAAGUUGAGAAAUAAAAACAAAAAGGUUGAGGAUGAUUAAUGGGAAAUGUGUUUGUAAUUGAAGCUGGCUUAGUGUUGGUAUGAGAGAAUGAAGUUCAGUCGUGGUUAGCAGCUGAUGCUGGCAAGAAGAGAGUUCAAAUGUGCUGGGGAAUCGGAGUGUUCUUGCGGGUCUUAGCCAACUUGACCAAUCGAAUCUGCAGCGACAUCUCCGACGGUCUCCAAAGGAUGUGUUCGAUUUGUUUUUGCUGGGUGGGAGGAUCCGGGUCUAAUGUGCAUCCGAUGACCGCCGGUUGGUAUAAGGCCAGGAACCAAGUUUCGUCCAUUCUUUGCGAUUUUUUUGUAGAGUACACUGAGAGCGGAUACAAGGAUGAGUUUUACAAGGACGUGGAUCGGGAGACUGCAGAGGAGAUGCUCGGGCAACGGCAGGAUGGGACGUUCCUGGUUAGGCCGUCGACGGCGACGGACAGCGUCGGGACGCUCUCCGUUGUCCAGGACGAGAGGACGUUCCACUUGACCAUCCGACGGCGCCGGACGGACGGACGCCUCGCGCUCGGCACCCCCAAACCAAGGGAAAGAACCUUCGACGGCCUCGACUCCAUGAUUAAUUACCACGUCAGCAAUUACCUGGUCCUCUUCUCGCACAACAGAACCUUCUACACCCUGCUUCUCCCUUACACAGCCGCACGCAAACUCGAUUAACAAUUUAAAUUCAAAUUCAA